AUGGGGAUUUUGUGAGCUAAUAAUCAGACGAUUAGAAAUCGUUUAGGUACGAAUGGCAAAUGAUUGUAAAACAAUUAUCUCUAUCAAAAACAGUUCAGUGCUAAAUACAUUGUGUAUGAGCAAUUGUGAGUGUGUGUGCGUGUAUGUGUAAGUAAAUGAAUGGAAAUUGGUACGAAAAGUGGUUCUGCAGCAAUUCAUUCAUGUUUUAUAACAAUACAUUUGCUUCCUUCGCUAUGAAAAUGGAAACCCUGUACACUGGGCACAUCCACGGAUUUCCACCCUCAGCAAACAUAUCAUAUGGAUCGUUAAACACUGCAUGGGGCUCACAGGGAGGUCUAAUUGCUCUGGGAGUAGUUUUGGGAAGCUCUGUAAGCUUAGUCGGGUUGGCAUUUGCAUUUAUCACGUACAGCUUAUUUUCAGAUUUAAAAUCAUUGGCAGGAACAACACUUUUAAGUCUUCUAGCAUCACUCUUCAUGAGCCAAUUAAUCUUUGUUAUUGGUGUAGGAGGAGUGCAGGACUCUGAGCUCUGUUUAUCACUGUCACUGGCCCUACUGUUCAUGAAGCUGGCAUCUCUCUGUUGGCUGUGUUGCUGCUGUCAUCAUGCUCUUGUAUUAUUUCGCUCAAACACGAAUCUUUCUUCGCACCGUGAAGCAACCAUGGGCAAAACAUUAAUUAGCUAUAGUAUCAUUUCUUGGGGAUAUCCACUGAUCAUGCUCGGUGUUGCAGCUGCCUUCAAAUAUAAGGAGCGAGAGUUGAAAACUAACGGUUACACACACGUACAAGUUAUUGCACAAAUAGUACAAGAAUUGAAUGGUGAUAAUCAUUGCUGGUUAAUGGAGGGAUCGGCUUACAUUUGGGGAUUUCUGGUGCCGGCGAUUGUACUACUCUUUUCCGGAUUUUACCUUGCCUGCCAGGGCGAAGAAGUUAUCAAAAUUGCAGCAGCACUGCAAGUUGACUCGCGUGCAAAAAAUAAAUUAGUCAAAAAACGUGGUUUACAAAUAGGAUUAUUUUUCAAGAUUUUAAUCGUUUUGUCAUCCGUGGUAGCUCUUGGUGCUAUUGCAUCAAUUUGGAAUGUAAUGGAGCUAUGGUCGGUGUACAGCAUUGCUCAGGGAAUACAGGGUCUCGUGGUAGCAUUACUAGUCUCUUGCAACUGUAAAGUUUUGAAGCUAUAUUCAGCACCAAAAACUCACAAAUCGCGCCGUGGAAUUUACCGCAACCUAAAGGACGGUGAUGGUGGCAGGUAUGGAAUCAUUUCCAUAUCCAACCCUAACUACGAGGAAACAGUACAUAUCGCUAAUGUUCCCGAGGAAAGUCCAUCUAGCCUUACCAAGAUGUCCUAUAAGGAAGGUUAUUUUGUAGAUCGCAUGGACAGUUCUGCUGCACCAGCCGCACUGGAUCACGCUUUUAAUGGUGAAUUAUCUACUGCACUCUCGAUUGAUGAGGUAUCGAAAACACCGCUGCCUGUUUCAGUGUAGAUGAAUGUGCAAUACAUCUUAUUGUUAUAAGUUUUAUGUUAAAACAAUACCAUGGAAUGCAGAUGCAAUCUGCUUGCUAGGUUGGACAAUAAGUUAUUGGUAGAAUAAAGAAUACUGCAACUGGAAGGAUAAACGCUUCAAUAAAUCCAAUUCGCAAUUGGUAUAAACCUAUCCAUAUCAAAACCAUGGAAUUAAUGAAAUAUCAAAUAACUCGCCGUCCAAACAUAAUCAGCAAAUUUUCCUAAUCAAGCAAUAAGGUGGAAAUGGGAAAAUUAAAUAUCUUUCUUAACAACUAA